AUGGAAGAACGUGAGGAACCCAGAAUUAUUAUGCGUACAGUGUAUGAGUUCCAACAUAUAAUUACCACUAUUUUAGAGUUUCAAAUAAUAUUUAUGGGAUUCGAGUUUCAGAAGACUCUAGCAUCAAUAGCUGAUGAGCUAUCACAUUUAAAUGCGCAGAUAAAAACAGGUAACAAGGAAAUAGUUAUUUCAAACUCGGUACCAUCAAUCCGAUCUUCGGCCACGUUAUAUACAGAAACGUGUGAUGUUGUAGAACGGUUCAACGCCUGCAAUGGCCUUCUUGUUUUUUCAUUCAUAAUCUUGUAUACUCUUCAAUUAGUCUUCACUGCAGAUAGUUUGGCUAAUACUUUGCAAUACAAUAAGCUGAAUAGUCGGUUGGCAGUAAACUGCUGUUUAGAUGUUAUGUGGUUAUUAUUUCAUAAUAUCAGAACCAUCAUUUUUAUCCAACCGUGGCAUAGAAUAUCCAAGGAGGUGUGCCAAAUUAAGAUUCAAUUGGGCAAAUUACUGCAAGGUCUUGCGGCAUAUGAGAAAGAAAUUUUGUGGGAAAGCAAAGUUUUUUACACUGAGGUCAUGAUUAACAAUGCCGAACUAAAGCCGCUAGGAUUGUUCACCGUGUCACGUUAUCUCUUCGUACAGAUUAUGAGCGUGGUGAUUACUUAUACACUUGUCGUCGUUCAGCUGCGUAACUAA